GUUCCCCACCCUGCCGUGAGGAUGCACUUGGGCCGCCAAGUGGCUGCUGCCAGACGGGCCGCAGUCGCUGGCACCAUGAGGAGUCCUCCGUGGCUCCUGCUGCCGCUGCUGCUGCUGGCCUGUGUGGCCGUCGCCCAGGCCAAAAAGCGACAGGGGGCCAACGGAAAUAACAAUGGCGAGAAUUACGAGUACGAGUACAGCGAGUAUUACGACGAGUACGAAGACAACAACGGACAACCGCCGCCAGUUGGUGGAGGAGCUCGCGAGGGCCCUCAGUCACCUUCAAGAGGUCCUCCUCCUACUCAACCAGGUAGAUCAUCUCCGCAACCACCAAGACCGACGGCUCGACCUGCAGUGGUGACAACACCCUCCACGACAACAACAACAUCAACAACAACUCAGGGGACAACCACCGUUGAGACCGAGCCAGGAAUCACUCCCGAGCCACCAGGUUGCAUAUUCGAGGGGCAGCCGCAUAAAGAUGGUGAAACUUGGCAGCCGGACAAGUGCACCACUUGCAUGUGCGAAGAAGGCACAGUCGAGUGCAGCCAACGCGAGGGAUGCUCAAAAGAAAACGACUGUGAGGGGAUUGUAUGUCCUGAAAUCGACUGCCCUGGAGAUCAGUACAUUCCACUAGGCGGGUGCUGCUCCGUUUGUGCUGAGCCAGAUGAUGAUCGUCCAGAUGGAACGCCUGGGGAGAGCAAUGAAGGGCCGAGAACGGACGUAUCUGGUUUUCCGGGACAAAGAGGCGAUACCGGUCCACAGGGAGAACAGGGUCGACCUGGAGAUUCCGGCCACCCCGGUGCACCUGGAAUCCCCGGAACUCCCGGCUCACCAGGCCCACCAGGUCCUACACCAGAUGUUUCAAGCUACCUCCAGCAACUUUCAAUGCAGCAGCAAACAAGUGCAGAUAAAGGCCCCAGUUUUCCAGAACCAUUUCAAUACUUGCAAGCACAAGUCGGGCCAGUUGGACCGAGAGGACCACCAGGUUCACCUGGUCCACCAGGGCCACAGGGCUAUUCAGGGUCUAGGGGUGAAAUCGGUGAGCCAGGGCCUACUGGUCCAGCUGGUCAGGCGGGUCCUCGGGGGCUCCCGGGGCUCCCCGGUAAGGAUGGCGAGUCGGGUGAGGACGGUGAGGCAGGCAGCAUCGGUGCACCAGGACCCGUCGGUCAGAGAGGGAUGCCGGGGAUGCCUGGUCUCCCAGGAGUGAAAGGUCAUCGGGGAUUCCCUGGAAUUGAUGGUGCUAAAGGGGAGCAAGGAAAAGAUGGAGAAAAAGGAUCACCAGGUGCACCUGGGCAGGUCGGCCCCAUGGGACCGAUGGGUCCUGCAGGAACAAGAGGAGAACGAGGACGCGAAGGUCCACCAGGGCCACCUGGUCUACGCGGCAUUGACGGAAUUGCGGGUCCACCUGGAGCGCCUGGUGAAAUAGGCAAACCUGGCGCACCAGGGUUUCCGGGGUCACCAGGGAUGAAAGGCGACCAGGGAGCUUCUGGGCCUAAAGGCAGCGCCGGUCUGCAGGGCCCGCGAGGAGAAUCUGGUCGACCUGGACUGCACGGUGAGGCGGGGCAGCAAGGCCCUGCCGGUAAAGACGGUAACCCUGGAGAAAAAGGAAGCCAAGGGUCUGCAGGUCCACCCGGUCCACCAGGGUUUCCUGGUGCGAGGGGGCAGCCUGGAAAUGCCGGCAGCCCUGGCCCUGCUGGAGCAAAGGGGGCACCGGGAAUAUCUGGUGAGAGGGGAUUCAAAGGUGACGCAGGCAUGAAGGGCGAAGCUGGAGCUCCUGGUCCGAGGGGCACACCUGGUCCACAAGGCUCAGAGGGAAAACGUGGCAAAAGAGGAACUGAUGGGCCGCCCGGACCACCCGGACCUGCAGGUGAGCGGGGACCAAGUGGCGGAAGAGGAUUGCCUGGUAUUGACGGCCCCCCGGGACCAAAAGGUCACGCUGGCGAUAAGGGCCCGAUUGGUCCGCAAGGUCAAAAAGGCACAAACGGAGAUGCAGGGCGGCCUGGACCCCCGGGCCAGCAGGGAUUGCGAGGCCCACCAGGGAAAUCAGGGCCUGCAGGAAAACCAGGUAAUAGUGGAGAAAGAGGGCUUCCUGGCGCGGACGGAAAACCUGGUGAACAGGGCUUGCAAGGGAUCCAGGGCCCUAUAGGUCCUGUCGGGCUCCCCGGAGAUAAGGGGAUCCCGGGUGAGGCGGGAAAAGACGGCGAUGUCGGGGCACCGGGGCCUUCGGGGCCGAGAGGAGACGCUGGAAAGGAGGGAGCACCUGGAAUUCAGGGCCUUCCUGGCCCUAGAGGUGCUGACGGUGAUAGAGGCCCACCUGGUCCACCCGGCGCGAGAGGAUUCCAGGGGUUGCCAGGAGCUAUGGGGCUGCAGGGAGCUGCCGGAAAAGACGGCGAACCGGGAGUUUCCGGGCCGCCGGGUCUAACUGGUCCUGCUGGCUCCAGAGGUGAAAGAGGAUACCCUGGCGAGAGAGGACCUGUUGGGGCACCCGGGAGUACCGGCCCAAGAGGAGAAUCCGGAGCUCAGGGAGCAGACGGACCGCCCGGGCCAUCCGGUGAAAAGGGUGACAAGGGGCAUUCUGGACCUUCGGGCAUUGUUGGGUUGCCGGGAUUACGAGGCCUGCCUGGUGCAGCAGGUGAAAAGGGUGAAAAAGGAAACGGUGGAAGUCCUGGAGUAGAAGGUCCACAGGGACGACAGGGAGAAAGGGGUGCUCCAGGCAUGAUCGGACCAAUGGGCCCACCGGGAGAACCUGCUGAAAGAGGAGAACCGGGUCCACCAGGAACUAGAGGAGAAAACGGUGCAAAUGGGUCACCCGGAGAACGAGGCUCCCAGGGUCCACCUGGUUUACAGGGAUUCCCCGGGCCACAAGGUCUGAUCGGUUUGCCCGGCUUAAAAGGAGAAAGAGGUGCUUACGGAUUGAAAGGAGACCAAGGAAAUCCUGGGACAGCUGGGAGCCCCGGAGAAGCCGGUCCACAGGGUUUGACUGGGUUGACCGGAGCCAAGGGUGCUCGAGGUGAACCAGGUCUUCGGGGUGACGCGGGAUUGAUGGGUCCACCGGGUCGACCAGGUGAACAGGGUCUUCAGGGCAACCCUGGAUCUGCAGGUCCGGCUGGGCCACCGGGUGCACCAGGAAUCAAAGGCACCGCUGGUGAGGUCGGCCGAAUAGGAAACCCCGGCCCACAGGGUCUCACAGGUGCACCGGGCGCAGAAGGCCAAAAAGGAGAAGCAGGUUCUGCUGGUUCGAAAGGGCCACCUGGUGCUAGAGGGCCACAGGGCCCAUCCGGCGAAAGGGGGCUGCCUGGGCUUCCGGGCCCCAGCGGUGGUGUUGGUCCCAAGGGGGCGAGAGGGUCUCCAGGUGAGAAUGGAGCACCAGGAAAGCAGGGCAAGGAAGGUCAGCCAGGGCCACCAGGUCUAAACGGUCCACAGGGACCACCAGGUCUUAAUGGUGAGCCUGGUGCUGAAGGACCUGCCGGCAAACCAGGUCCACCCGGAAUUGCAGGACGAAACGGCGACAAAGGUCCGAUCGGCAGCCCUGGUCAAGCAGGUCCUCAGGGUCCAGUAGGACUUCCGGGUGCAGCUGGCCAGCCGGGCUCGCCGGGACCUUCCGGUGAGAGAGGCGUGAAGGGAGAAACUGGUCCUCAGGGCGUGGAGGGUCAAAUUGGGCCGAGAGGAAAACCCGGUGCUCCGGGAGCAGAGGGUGCUAAGGGCGAAUCCGGGGAGGCAGGACCAAAGGGUGCAAAGGGCCACAGGGGCCUUUUGGGACUUCAGGGCCCAUCCGGUGCCGCAGGCCCGCCUGGGGAAAAAGGCAUGAUCGGACCAAUCGGUCCACCUGGAAAGGAUGGCGAAUCUGGUGCUAGGGGCCCACCGGGUAGAGACGGAUCACCAGGGCCUCAAGGUUUGAUCGGACCACCUGGUCCUAGGGGUACUCAAGGUGAAGAAGGGCGACAGGGUCCUAGGGGUGAAGUGGGACCUGCAGGUCCGCCAGGUCCACCGGGAGAAUCCCUUGGAUACGACCCAGCCACCGUAGCUGCUCUUUUGUCAUCGCAAAGCCAAGUUAACUUCGGCAGCAAAGGUCCUGACUCUGCAAGUGGAGACCAGCCGGUCAGAAUAUUUGGCAAGGAAAUCUCUGAAGACGAGAGGAAAAAAUUGGUGGAAAAGGCUUUCGAACAGCUCAAAAAGUCUUUUGAACGUUUCAAGAACCCCGACGGCGACAAAACUGCACCGGCGAGGACUUGCCGCGAUUUGGCGAUUGCUUAUCCCACAAAAGAAAGCGGUGACUACUGGGUCGAUCCGAACGAAGGUGACCCGCGGGACGCGAUCCUCGUGUACUGCGACAUGACCGAGCGUGCCACCUGCAUCUACCCGAGCCCGUCAAAGUCGGCCGAAAUCUCGUACAAAGGCAGAGAAACGGAGAUGUGGCUGGGCGACAUGCCGCAGGGAAUGAAGAUGACUUACAAAGCGGACAGCAAUCAGAUCGGCUUCUUGCAACUGCUCAGCUCAUCUGCAUCCCAAAAUCUAACGUACCAUUGCAAGAACUCGGUGGCCUACUACGACGCAGACAAAAAAACGCACAGAAAAGGUGUCAAGUUGAUGGGAUGGAACGACGGCGAGAUUUUGCCUAGGGGCAACCAGAGGCUCCGAUACGACGUCCUCGAGGACGAGUGCAAGGUCAAAGACGGAACUUGGAAGAAGACGGUCAUUUCGUACAAAACGGACAAAUCGGCGCGGCUGCCAAUUGUCGACUUAGCGUCCAGGGACCUAGGCGGCGACGACUCGAGUUUUUGGAUCGAAAUCGGCGCUGUUUGCUUCGCCUAGUGAUCGAUCAAAGGACUCUCGCUGUAUCCGCCGAAAAUUAAUUGUGCCGCGAGCAGGCACAUCACAAUCAAACAGUUCACUGCCAAACUAAUUGAUUUAGAGAGAUGCAUCAUCGCGACUUCCACAAUCAGAUUGAUGUGUUGCAAUUUAAAAAUUUAAUUAGAUUCGGUAGAAAGUAGUUUAAUACUUCCCCUAAAAUGUGUUUGUUUUGUAACUAAAAAAAAAAGAAAAACGUUUAACUUUACUAAAACAAAAACGACGCCAGAGAAAUGCAUUUACGUUUAGAGCCGAUUCAGGCAAAAGUUACACCUAAUUUCUAGCUUUAUGAAUUUUUAGGAAAAUAAAUAAAAAUACAAGAAGAUAUACAGAAGAAGUUUUUUAGUAUUAAAAACUUGAGUUUGGAA